UAAGCUGUAACAGAGAGUGAUUGAUCAAAACAAAUGGAACUUGACUUCACAUCAUCAUGCCAGGACUAAAAAGAAGUGAGAAAUAGGUGCUUUGAAACGUGUGAAGAGAGGUCAGUCUUUGUAAUUAAUUGUCAGAAUCAUUCUUCUUACCUUUGAGCACCUAGAUUUAACUUAACACAAAAACAGUGAGGGCUAAACAAGAGUAAAGCUGAAGCUGGAGUAUCAAUGAGACUGUCGCCUACAGGCCAUUUGCUGUAUCCUGCGCCCCUUCUUUUUUUCUUUUUUACCAAGUUCUCAGCUGAUUGGUUGGGAUGAAAGCUUUGUCUAAUCAGAAACAUGCGUGGGCGGGACUUCCGUCUGCCAGCAAGUGAGGGGGAUGGUUUGUCUGUUUGGAGGGAAAUUCAAUAACAUGCGAGCUGAUCCUUAACAACGCAGGUAGUGAAGAUUAAAAAACUGCUCGUUGGAAACUAAGAGUAAUACACAUUGACUGUCGUGUGGUUUGUAUAAACGAGGUAGACGUAUUGGGCUCUGAAAGGCAGCGUCUUAGUCGCUAUUAGCUCGGCUAGCUGGCAUCCGUUUACUGAUUCAUGUUACAAGGAUUCAUGCGCAGGUCUCGACUAUGGGUUGAUUCCAAAAAUCUGGCUGAAUGACAAAAGUGGGUUGAUAAAAUAACUGGACAUGGAUCGGAAGACACGGAGGCUCGAAGGUCAACUUUGUAAAGCAGUGAAGGAUGAAGAACCAAGAUGUGUGCAGCUGCUUCUGUCAGAGGGUGCAUGUCCUCACCUGGUGGGAAGUAAAGGUGUGGCUGCAAUACACCUGGCUGUUGGAAAAGAGACUGAGAAGAACAUACGCUGCUUGAAAAUGCUGCUGCAGUAUGGAGGAGACCCCAACGUCAGGUCAUCAGAGGGACUGACUCCUCUACACAUUGCUGCGCUGUGGGGGUGUUAUCAAAACCUCAAGCUGCUCUUGAUACAUGGAGGGAACCCAAACAGCAAAGAUAAUGACGGUAAUACACCAGGGCAGCUUGCAGAGCAGCAGGAGAAUAGAAGAUGUGCCCAGCUUCUUCAGGAGUAUCCAGUCAGCUCAGUGGACACGGAGGACGACGACCUGCCUCAGUUCCAGUAUUCCGUGUACUCAGACCAGAAAGACACGUCCAGCUACCCUGAAUCAGACUACAGCUUCAGUUCCCACUCCUCUAUGAUAAGUGACUUUGGUGAAGCCCCAUUGAGCAGCACCAGGCGCUCAUCAUUUUUCAACAUGUCUCACAUUAAUGGGAGGCCGAGUUACAGAGGACCAUCAUACAACAGACUUUCUGAAACAGACUUCAAGAGGAAUCACAGCCAGGACUGGAACAAUUCCUCCUCACAAUGGGCAUCUGAAUGUCCCUCUAUUCUUUCAAGCACCCGCAUGUCUGCAGUGGGACCUGCAGCUGCAUUGCAAGUCCUUAAAGAGGAUGACGUAUUGAGUUACGACGUUGGGUUCACAUCAAAAGCAAAAGAACAUGCUGCAACAACUGAUAGCACAAUCUCUCCCUCCAGAAGAGACACUCUCCCAGCGUUUCCCUCCAGGCGAGUGAGCCGUAAGAGUGUUAGCUUCAGAGAUGUGGACGAGUAUUUCCCUGUUUUCACUCCUGAAUUCCCCAAACAGAAGCCUGCUGUUGAUGACGGCCAGUGCGGCAGGAACUUGCCUUUUGACCUGUCUGAAUACUCUGACUUCCUGGAUUCAGAGCGCAUGGCCACUGUUCUACAGAAGCAGGGCAUCGACGUGACAUCCCCGGAUCACGUUUAUGUUUUCUGCAGGGACAGCAGCGAGAGCACAGAGGAAAACAUGGAGAAAACGGUCAUCAGUCACUGUGUUUUGGAGGAAAGUGGUGAUGAGGAGGAGUGUGACCGUUUGAAAGAGGCUCAGGCGAAUAUACCAGAACAGCCAGCUUCUGAGGGUAAUGGCAGCAGCAGCAGUGGUAGCAGUCAUUAUAGCAGCUGUGAGAGUGACCAUUACAUCAGUGUCCUGGAAGCUUCUCUUCACCCCGAACAUCUUGUACAUCCCAGGGUAGAGGACGUUUCUGUUGGUGUUGCAUCUAACAAAAGACUUCAGAAUCCUACACAGUCGUUUUCAGAAAGUGGAGGUGGGAAUCAUCCACAUGUUCAUACAGAUCCUAAGAUGGAUAUAAUACCAGAAACUACAGGUGUGGAGGGAAAUCUGCUUCUGUCGGGAUCGAAACACCAAAAUGAUGAUGCAUAUGAGGCGUGUAGUGAUUUUGGAACCAGGAACCCCUUGAGUGAAGUUGGUGAUGACCAGCCAGUGGCAGGGAAUGCAGCUGAUGCAUUACAGGAAGACUUCAAUCUUCCGUUCACACCGAGUCCUUUUGUGACAGGCCGGACUCGCUCGAGGUUGAGCCGCUGCUCGCUGCGAACAAGCAGAACUCCAGCGAGCCUCCUCUCCACCUCAUCUCUGUUUGAAGAGACCCUUCCUACACCGGUUCGUACACGCCGCCAGACGCCUAGGUCUCAGAGCAGACAAGAAUUUUACCAUUCACCACAUGCACCUUGUUAUACACCGUCCUACUCAGGGAGCAGCAUGGGAGGCAACUCCUUUCCUACUGAUUCCCAGGAUACACAGUCCAGCACCCUCAGAGCUGGUUCAAGUGUUAGUCAUAGCCAAGCUGACACCCUCAUCCUCUCCAAGAGCGUCACUAACUCUAUGUCUCAGUCGCAGACUUUGUCGGACACUGUCGUUCUGGAGAAAGACCCGAACUCUUCGAUGGACGCUUAUGAAAGAAACCUUGCAGAGAUUAUUCUGGCCAUGCAAGGCCAGGAUCUUGCAGAGGGCGGGGAAUUCCUGACAGAUGAUCUGACAUGUACAGAUGAAGCAAUAACAAAGGUAAACACAAAUAAAGCUUCUCUUGGGGACAAAGAAGGUAACCCAAAAUAUGACGAUGCCUGGAUCACAGAGGAGUGUAGCUCUCAACCCGACUCUGUGUCAUCUUCGUCCAGCUCCAGCUAUUUUUCCCCAAGGAGGUCCAGAGAAGACUCCGAACUUCCCUGCACUCCAGGCACUGGAUGCACCCCGAGGUACAGCAUGAGCCGGCUGUCAAGCUGCCGCAGGCCACAGCACCUGGCAAAACUCUCUUACACUCCCGGGGGGCGACCUCUUAUUCAGGAUAUUGAGGAACCAGUGCAGUAUCUCUACACUGAUACAGAAGAGGGCCACAAGCUGAUCGAGACCCAUGUCCCACCUACAGCAGACACCUCCCUCAGCUCCAGCAUGAGCACGGCCACCAGCAGCAGCAGCAGCAGCAGCGAGGAGACCAUCAUUUACGAUUGGCGAUCUAUGCACACCGACAUGAUGGAGGACAGAGGGAAGGAGAACGAGAAGCCUCCUAGGGAGACACAGGAAGAGGAGAAUGAAGAGGAGAGAGUGAUGCCAGACACCAGAGGGAUGACUGACAAGGAGCUGAGGUCACGACUGUUGGAGCUCGGGGAGAGCCCGGGCCCUAUCAGCAGCCGGACCAGGCCCGGUUACAUGAAAAAACUGUGCCGCCUGCUGCAGGAGUCAAACUCCAAAUCACGACCUCAGCAGAAGCAGAUAGACCAGCCACAAACAGAUUUGGGUUACAGUCCAGAGCUGUGCCGGGCGCUGAGGACCUUCGAGCUGCCUUGUUGCCAGUCGGACGAGCAGGCUCUGUGCCAGCAAUUCGACCAACCAGAUCAGAACAGGAAGUGGAGAGAAGGCAUCAUCAAGUCAAGUUUUAACUACCUGCUGCUCGACCCAAGAGUGACAAAAAACCUCCCAUUCCGCAGUCACACGACGACCCCGCACGAGUGUUUCCAGACAUUUAUCAAUGCUAUUUUUUAUGUGGGGAAAGGAAAACGCUCCCGCCCAUACAGCCACCUGUACGAGGCUUUAGAGUAUUACAAAGGAGACAAGACCUCCAAGAAAUUGUGCACCAAGGUGCAGCACAUCCUCCAAGUGUGGGGCGCCGAGCAGGGCGUCAUCUCUCUGCACUGUUUCCAGAACGUCAUCCCAGUGGAGGCGUACACAAGAGAGGCCUGCAUGGUGGAGGCCAUUGGGUUGAAGAUGCUGACCAAUAAGAAGCGGGGGGACUUUUACGGCGUGGUGUCCAACUGGCAAGUGAAGAGGAAACGGGAGCUUGGGGUCCACCUGCUGUACAGAGCCAUGCAGAUCUUCCUGGCUGAGGGUGAGCGACAGCUCAGACCAGCUGACAUCAGACAGUAGAGACCCCUAGUGGACGGGUUUAUGAACAGCAACCUAGCACUUAAAGGGAAUACCACUAUUUGAGGAUGCAAGGUAAUCCUUCUUUGAACAUAUUUGUGCUCCUAUGACCUUUAGAAACAUCAAGAUCGCCUUUGCCAUCAUUUACUUGCUUCCUUUUUUUAGAGCCUUUUAAGAAUGUGCAACAAUAUAAUGUUUAAGUAAAAAAAGAGAGGUCAACAUGAUUACAUUUUUAAAUCAUAACUGUGAGACAACAGCUCUUCAGUAAGUCAAACCAAAAAUAGUACAUAUAAAAUAAUCUACAACCCAUUUCAAAUGAGUCAACAUUUUCUAAAAGGAGCUUGAAGGGUGGUAAUAACAAAGAAAACCUGUUAGUCUUUUCUCUAGUGUUAAAAAAUGGUAUUACUAGUAUGUAGCAUGAUUAUUGGUACAGAUAAAUCAAUGAUUAAGUCUGUAGUUUAAGAAACUGAAAUGUGUUAGAUGUGAUUUUAUUUGUGUCCAUAGUCGGAUGGGUCAGGGUUAGGGAUCUAUAAAUGAAGGAUGCCUGUGACUGUUGGUAGAUUAACCUACAAUGUUAGACCAGGAAACAUUUCAGUCUCUGGACCAGUUUGUGUUUUAAGCUAAUACUCAUAAAUAAAUAAUCAUUUUAUCAUUUUAUUAAUCAGCAAAGUCGGUCUAAGCUGACCGUCAUGAAGAAACAAAACCUGUCACCUGCUUCUUAAAAAAAUAACCUCUCUCUCAUGUCUCAUGGUGUAAAUGUAAUUAUUUAGGUCAGUGAGCUUGAAAACCAUUCAUUAUGUCCUCGGAGGUGAAACACAUGAUCCAUCACAUGGAAGCUGCAUAUAUUCUUUAUUUCACACAAGAAGCAUUAACAAACAAUCUGAAUCAAAGUUUUGUAUUUUAAAAAUGUAUUUUUAUACGUCCAGAUUCUCAGGUUGAUCAAAAACUAACUUACUAUAAAUGAGUUCAUCAUACAGGGAGUACAACACUGAAUGUGUUAAGUUUCUAAGAUGAGUGCACUCCAUCAUUUGCGUGAUGAUAAGGCCUUUGAUUUUUUUCAGGUAUGAUUGUUUUUUAAAUAAAACCCUGCCAUUGUGAUUUUUUUUUCUUGAUUGUCUUAAAAUCCAUCAGUCCCAUGUCUGUGUAUUAUACUUCUUAUCUUUUUAUACAUACAAGUUUACAUUUAUUUUUCCAUUGUGAUCAUAAAUCUUCGCUGUGACUGCUGUGUUGUUUUGCCUCUUUACUUUGCUUUCAUGUAAAUGUAGUAAAAUACAAAAUGACAAAGCUGAGUUGGACGACUCUUCAGUCCUUUCCUUGUCUUGUACUUUGGUGUCCCUCUAGUGGACAAAGGAUGUCAUACUUUUUGUCUCUAUGA